CAGCAUCAAACACACCAGGACUCUAUAUUUAUGGAAGGAAGUCCAGCAGGAGUUUGUAAGCGUAAACUCAAAUCUCACCUAAACAAGAAGUUCCAGUGUAUGUUUGAGGGGAUCGCUAAAGCAGGAAACCCAACCGAUCUGAAUCAGAUGUUCACAGAGAUCUACAUCAUAGAGGGAGGGACUGCAGAAGUCAAUGAGGAACAUGAGGUCAGACAGAUUGAAACAGCAUCCAGGAAACCAGACAGACCAGAAACAACAAUCAGACAAGAAGACAUCUUUAAAGCCCCACCUGGAAGAGAUGAACCAAUCAGAACAGUGAUGACAAAGGGAGUGGCUGGCAUCGGGAAAACAGUCUUAACACAGAAGUUCACUCUGGACUGGGCUGAAGACAAAGCCAACCAGGACAUCCAGUUCACAUUUCCAUUCACCUUCAGAGAGCUGAAUGUGCUCAAAGAGAGAAAGUACAGCUUGGUGGAACUUGUUGAUUACUACUUCUUUAGUGAUACCAAAGAAUCAGGAAUCUGCAGGUUUGAAGAGUUCCCGGUUGUCUUCAUCUUUGACGGUCUGGAUGAGUGUCGACUUCCUCUGGACUUCCUCAACACUGAGAUCCUGACUGAUGUUACGAAGUCCACCUCAGUGGGUGUGCUGCUGACAAACCUCAUCAAAGGGAAUCUGCUUCCCUCUGCUUGCCUCUGGAUAACCACACGACCCGCAGCAGCCAAUCAGAUCCCUACUGAGUGUGUUGACAUGGUGACAGAGAUCAGAGGGUUCACUGACCCUCAGAAGGAGGAGUACUUCAGGAAGAGAUUCAGAGAUGAGGAGCAGGCCAACAGAAUCAUCUCCCACAUCAAGACAUCACAAAGCCUCUACAUCAUGUGCCACAUCCCAGUCUUCUGCUGGAUCACUGCUACAGUUCUGGAGGACAUGUUGAAGUCCAGACAUCGAAGAGAGCUGCCCAAGACCCUGACUGAGAUGUACAUCCACUUUCUGGUGGUUCAGUCCAAAGUGAAGAACAUCAAGUAUGAUGGAGGAGCUGAGGCAGAGCCACACUGGAGUCCAGAGACCAGGAAGAUGAUGGAGUCUCUGGGAAAACUGGCUUUUGAGCAGCUGCAGAAAGGCAACCUGAUCUUCUAUGAAUCAGACCUGACAGAGUGUGGCAUUGAUAUCACAGCAGCCUCGGUGUACUCAGGAGUGUUCACACAGAUCUUUAAAGAGGAGAGAGGAAUGCACCAGAACCAGGACAAGGUGUUCAGCUUCGUCCAUCUGAGUGUUCAGGAGUUUCUGGCUGCUCUUCAUGUCCAUCUGACAUUCACCAACUCUGGAGUCAACCUGCUGUCAGGAAAAGAAACCUCAUCAUGGCUGCCUAAAGUCUUCAGAGAAAAUUUAAAACAUCUCCACCAGAGAAAACAAACACCAUCAACACAGUUCUACCAGAGUGCUGUGGACGAGGCCUUACAGAGUCCAAAUGGACACCUGGACUUGUUCCUCCGCUUCCUCCUGGGUCUUUCACUGCAGACCAAUCAGAAUCUCCUACGAGGCCUGAUGACACAGACAGGAAGUAGCUCACAGACCAAUCAGGAAACAGUCCAGUACAUCAAGAAGAAGAUCAGUGAGAAUCUGUCUGCAGAGAGAAGCAUCAAUCUGUUCCACUGUCUGAAUGAACUGAAUGAUCAUUCUCUAGUGGAGGAGAUCCAACAGGCCCUGAGUUCAGGAAGUCUCUCCACAGAUAAACUGUCUCCUGCUCAGUGGUCAGCUCUGGUCUUCAUCUUACUGUCAUCAGAAAAAGAUCUGGAUGUGUUUGACCUGAAGAAAUACUGUGCUUCAGAGAAGGCUCUUCUGAGGCUGCUGCCAGUGGUCAAAGCCUCCAAGAAAGCUCUACUGAGUGGCUGUAACCUGUCAGAGAGAAGCUGUGAAGCUCUGUCCUCAGUUCUCAGCUCCCAGUCCUCUAGUCUGAGAGAACUGGACCUGAGUAACAACAACCUGAAGGAUUCAGGAGGGAAGCUGAUCUCUGUUGGACUGAAGAGUCCACACUGCACACUGGAGACUCUCAGUCUGUCAGGCUGUCUGAUCUCAGAGGAAGGCUGUUCUUCUCUGGUCUCAGCUCUGAGCUCCAACCCCUCCCAUCUGAGAGAGCUGGACCUGAGCUAUAAUCAUCCAGGAGACUCAGGAGUGAAACUCCUGUCAGCAGGACUGAAGGAUCCACUCUGGAGACUGGACACUCUCAGACUGAGUGACUGUAAUCUGUCAGAGAGAAGCUGUGAAGCUCUGUCCUCAGUUCUCAGCUCCCAGUCCUCUAGUCUGAGAGAGCUGGACCUGAGCAACAACAACCUGAAGGAUUCCGGAGGGAAGCUGAUCUCUGUUGGACUGAAGAGUCCACACUGCACACUGGAGACUCUCAGUCUGUCUGGCUGUCUGAUAUCAGAGGAAGGCUGUUCUUCUCUGGUCUCAGCUCUGAGCUCCAACCCCUCCCAUCUGAGAGAGCUGGACCUGAGCUACAAUCAUCCAGGAGACUCUACAGUGAAACUACUGUCAGCAGGACUGAAGGAUCCUCUCUGGAGACUGGACACUCUCAGACUGAGUGACUGUAAUCUGUCAGAGAGAAGCUGUGAAGCUCUGUCCUCAGUUCUCAGCUCCCAGUCCUCUAGUCUGAGAGAGCUUGACCUGAGUAACAACAACCUGCAGGAUUCAGGAGGGAAGCUGAUCUCUGAUGGACUGAAGAGUCCACACUGCACACUGGAGACUCUCAGUCUGUCAGGCUGUCUGAUCUCAGAGGAAGGCUGUUUUUCUCUGGUCUCAGCUCUGAGCUCCAACCCCUCCCAUGUGAGAGAGCUGGACCUGAGCUACAAUCAUCCAGGAGACUCUACAGUGAAACUACUGUCAGCAGGACUGAAGGAUCCUCUCUGGAGACUGGACACUCUCAGGGUGGAGCCUGCUGGAGUCAGAUGGUUGACACCAGGUCCAUGGAGGUAUUCCUGUGAACUCACACUGGAAACAAACACAGUGAACAGAUACCUCAAACUAGCUAAACGUCCAAUCAGAGAGGAGCAGGAGGAGGAGGAGGAGGGGCUUAAUACUGGCUGGUUGGUCACAGAGUCUGAUGUCAGAGCUAAAUGUCCAAUCAGAGAGGAGCAGGAGGAGGGGCUUAAUACUGGCUGGUCUCCUGAUAGGUCUGGCCAACGGAAACGAGUCACUGUCCUCUGUCAGACGGGGGUUUGA